AUGGCCAAUACCACAGAACCAGAAACUUACCUGGCCGUCCUCAAAGCUUCUUACGACUAUGAUCCUCAAUCCAGCGACGAAGUAGCGAUCAAAGAAGAUCAGGUCCUUUUCUUGGUAGAGCGAACGGACGAGGACUGGUGGAAAGUUAAAGUCAAAGGCGACUCGCAAGACGACGACGGCCCUGUUGGAUUGGUACCAGCUGCAUACGUGGAGCAGGCCGAACAUAGCUCCCUCGUCAAGGUCCUCUACGACUACGACGCUGCAGCUCCAGGGGAAUUAUCCGUCAAGGAGGACGAUAUUCUGCGACUGUUCGAGACGGACGGUGACUGGAUCCUUGCCCAGUCACAUACAGCAGACGGCGCUGGCUACGUACCCGGGAACUACGUCGAGGAUACGGCGUCCGACGAUCAGCCCGAACCUACCACUGCUUCACACAUUGUUAUUCCCGACUCUCCGCCCCGCCCCGUCAGUACAUAUAUCGACCCUGCCGACCGUGUUGCAUCCCACAAGAUCACCGCAGACGAUAUCAAAACCUGGUCCGUGUCCGAGAUUGAUAAGAAGGGGAAGAAGAAGAAGGGCACACUUGGAAUUGGCAAUGGUUCAUUAUUCUUUGCCAGUGAAUCCGACAAGGCUGCAGUUCAGAAGUGGCAAACCUCUGAUGUGCUCGAGGUAUCGUCGGACAAGGCCAAACAUGUACAGAUUGAAGUCGGUGGACCCAACCCAGUUUCAUUGCAUUUCCAUGCUGGAUCGAAAGACAAUGCGGAGGAAAUCAUCGCGAAGACGGAAUCCUCAAAGUCACUCUCAACAACAGCUCCUUCCGGCAGCCCAAGCACACCGCGUCGGCUGCCACCUGCCAUGAGCUCAGGGCAUAAGGAUGGCAAGCAAAAGAGCAAUGUCACCUUUGAUUCCGCUCCACAGAUCAUACCGCCGGCUCCUGCAGUUGAAUCAGACGACGAAGACAUUCCCCAGCAGCACGAGCAGGAAUUCGAGAACGCGACUGCUCUUUACGACUUUACCGCAGACGGAGACGAUGAAUUGUCCGUAUCGGAAGGAGAGCGCCUUGUCGUACUAGAAAGAGAUAGCGACGACUGGUGGAAGUGCCGUAACAUGAGAGGACAGGAAGGCGUCGUCCCUGCGUCCUACCUUGAGCUUAUCGAUGACUCUCAAUCUACUGGUGCCGAUAACGCAGAGGUGAGAAGGCCGGUAGAAGAGGAGGAAGAGAGACGUCGUGCUGAAGAGGAGGAGCGUCAGGAACGAGAACGUGCUGAACGAGAGGAAGCCGAACGGCUCCAGCGAGAGGAGCAAUUACGAAAGAAGGAGGAAGCUUCACGACUUCAGAAGGAGGAAGUGCUGCGGAAGAAGAAGGAAGCUGCGCGUCUUCAGGAAGAGGAGGCAUUGCGAAAGAAGAGGGAGGCUCAGGAAAAGGCCAGGGUAGCAGCCGCCGAAGCCGAACGCCAGAGGCGCAAGGAAGCCAGGAAGAUUUGUUGCAUGUCUUUGCUCACUAUUGAUGCCAGUCCUCCUGCCUCAGUAACCAGCCCAAGCAAGUCUACCUCGUCGAACUCCAAGAAAUCCCAGGAACUAACUCGUUCGUACCAAAUACCUAUUUACCGUUUUCGCCAAGCUGACUUCCAUCUAGGUCCUCCUCCGGACAAGACGCGCAUUUGGCACGACAGGACAGGACAGUUCCGCGUUGAAGCUGCCUUCCUCGGAUUCAACAAUGGAAAACUACGGUUGCACAAGGUCAACGGUGUCAUCGUCGAGGUCCCUGCAGAGAAGAUGUCGGUUGAGGAUAUGCGCCAUGUCGAGAAACUGAUGGCCAAGAAACAGCGAGGCCCUAACGGUGUUCUUUCAGAUGACGAUGUCCCGCUUGGUGUUGUUGCUGGGGUUUCUUCGCGCCCUCCCGCUGUCCCAAAGAAGAAGGCACCGACCAUCGAUUGGUUUGACUUCUUCUUGUCUGCUGGAUGUGAUGUCGAUGAUUGCACUAAAUACGCAUCGGCAUUCGAACGCGACAAGAUAGACGAGACACUACUCACGGAUAUCACUGAUUCGACAAUGCGUUCGCUGGGAUUGAGAGAGGGUGAUAUCAUCCGUGUAAAGAAAGCGAUCGAGAAGCGCAAGCCGACCGACAACCUCAUCAAACCGAGCCCCUACAUCCAGGAGCAGAUAAAGAAGGAUGAGGAGCUGGCCCGACAAUUGCAAGCUCAAGAAAACCAGGGGCGGAAGACUCCGCCAAACCUUUUCGCAGCGGGUCCUGGUGGGGCGUUGAAGGCCAAUGUGCGAAGAGGCCGUCCUCAACCUAAAGGAACCUUGCCUUUGGACAAUGUCGACAUUAGGACGCUUUCAAAUGCUUCCGACGCAAUUCAGCGUACCAGCUCACCACAAACCGCUGCACCAAACGCGCGGCCCUCAUCCACGCCCGCUGUUGAAGCCCCACCUCGUUCAUCGUCGGCUACCGUCCCAGCUUCGAGUGGCUUCGAGGAUGAUGCGUGGGCUCCGCGGCCAAGCUCUGCGAAACCAAGCACGACGGCGGCCACUGCUACUACCCCGCGUGCUCCUUCCGCGCCCCCUGCUCAAGAGACUGCGCCACAACCUACAGCCACGACAACGGCACCAACAGCGCAAGUCACCUCUGCCCCGACAGCUCCAGCGCCACCCCCGCCUGCCGCCUCCACAUCGCCUAAACCUUUGGCACAAACGACGGAGAAUGAUAUCUUCCAACAAUUGGAGCGUUUGAAGAACCUGCGAACAACCGCUUCUCCCCCGGCUCAACAGAUGCAGCAACCGACCGUGACUGCUUCCCCUCCGAUAGUCCAGAAUUCCGCAUCCUUCCCUGUUAGCGCCGGAAUGGGAAUGGGUCACUCUCCUGUACCUAUGGGCCAGAUUUCUCAGCAGCAACCUUCGCUCAGCCCUGCACCCUCCCUCAACAAUGGACCCCGAGGCCCCUUCGCCCCUGUCCCAGCGAACCAAGGGCUGCUGCAGCCGCUGAUACCCACCCAAACAGGCUUCAAUUCGUUCGUGCCUACGAGACCUCCCGCAUUUAACAACAACCCUUCUCCCGCACCCCAGUUGAACACACUUCAGCCUAUGCAUACCUCACUGAGCCCGUCUUCCAUGUCUCCUAUGUUGCCCCAGCAAACUGGGAUGCUUAUGGGUAACAGCCUCGUGGCUCAGCCUACGGGUAUGCCUAUGAAUCAAGGCCUGAUGUCUCAACCCACUGGGAUGCCGAUGAACCAAGGUCUCUUGGCACAGCCUACUGGCAUGCCCAUGAACAACGGCUUUGGACUUCAGAAUAGUUCUGGAUUCGGCCAAUUGCAACCUAAUCCCACGGGAUUCAACCCUUCGAUGAACUCAGGCAACUUUAACAACUUUUCUAAUAUUCCUCCAGUCCCGCCGCUUCCGUCUACGCAAGUUAAGGACACGUCGCCAGCCAGCGUCUUCGCGUCAAUGAAGUCAGGGACCUUCGAAGACGAGAGCGCACCUCGCUCUGCAGACGUUUACGACCCAUUCAGAAAUCCUCUCCAAGCUCAACCCACCGGGUGGAUGGGGCAAGGUUACGGGCAAGGCGGGAUGGGAUUCCGAUGA